CCGGAGAGGAUUGAUGGAUACAAAUCGCGUGUGAAAGCUUCACCAGCGGGAUUUUAAGGAAUUUGCCUGUGGUGUUAAGGGAAGGAGCAGUAAAGGAGAGAGAAAUUGCGAUAGAGCUCUACCUACCGACUGAUCGGAAAGCAAGCAGCCCAGAGACUUGAGCAGCCUCACACUCAGGCACCAUGACACGUCUGUGAGAGCCACCAAACAGCCCCCCCUCCCCGAUCUGAUCCCACAAAAUCCCCCAAACAAACCCAAACCCAGGGGACUCGGUUCCCCCGAUCUGCGCGAUUUUGCCCGCUUUUGCCUUUCUGCUCUCAUCUAUUCCGCAUUAGUAAGGAGGGGGUGUCGCUUUCUGCCUUACAUGCAAGAACCAUGAGCUCCUAUUUUGUAAACCCUCUCUUCUCCAAGUACAAAGGCGGCGAGUCCUUGGAACCAACUUACUACGACUGUCGCUUCCCACAAAGUGUCAGCCGGAGCCACGCAUUGGUGUACGGUCCGAGUGCCACGGCUCCAGGCUUCCAGCACCCCUCUCACCAUGUGCAGGAGUUCUUCCACCAUGGCAGCUCCAGCCUCUCCAAUUCCGGAUUCCAGCAGAACCCCUGCGCCCUGACCUGCCACGGAGACGCCUCCAAAUUCUAUGGGUACGAAGCGCUGCCCAGGCAGUCCCUUUAUGGUGCCCAGCAAGAGGCAAGCGUGGUGCAGUACCCCGACUGUAAAUCGUCCUCCAACACUAACACUAGCGAAGGACAAGGCCAUUUAAAUCAAAAUUCGUCUCCCAGCCUCAUGUUCCCAUGGAUGAGACCUCACGCCCCCGGAAGGAGAAGCGGCAGGCAGACGUACAGCCGGUACCAAACCCUGGAGCUGGAGAAGGAAUUUCUCUUCAAUCCUUACUUGACUCGGAAGCGCCGGAUCGAGGUCUCCCAUGCCCUGGGACUGACUGAGAGGCAGGUGAAGAUUUGGUUUCAAAACAGGAGGAUGAAAUGGAAAAAAGAGAAUAACAAGGAUAAGCUACCGGGGGCCCGGGAUGAAGAGAAAACAGAGGAGGAAGGCAACGAGGAAGAGGAGAAAGAAGAAGAGGAGAGCAAGGAGAGCAAGGAAUAAGCUGAGUGUGAGGGCAUUGUGUGUGUUUGAGUGAAUGUCACUUUCCUCCCGGAAAUCUCGUUUUAUGGUAGAUGUAAAACCAAGACGUUUAUGACUCUCAUUUGCUUUUAUAGAGUAUAGAACGGGGAAACACAACAGUAACUACCUGUCACAAACUCCAGCCUUUCUCUCUGGUCAGGACUCCACUUUGCAUUUUGUUGUGUGAUAAAGGGACAUUUGCAUUAACUCCUUAUUUAUGUCCUCCAGGUCCUGAGACUUAGGCUAGUAACUUAAACACAAAGAGAUCAUACUGUGACUUUAGUAUGGUUUCCGACAGACUGUCAUUUCUCUACAGCCAGAAUAGUAUUAAUUCCUUUUAUGUGAAAUUUAAACUACCUAUUCACUUUUGGAGGGACACGAUUUUGUGGCCUCAGAAUUGUAGUAUGUGUUUUAUUUAGACGUGUGUAUUCAUGUAUGCGGGGGGAGGGGCCAGUAUUUACCAGAGUUAUUUUCAUUUUGUUUUAUUUUCUUUAUGUCCUCAUUAAGUAUCGUUGUUAUACGGCUCACUGUACAUUUGAAACUGUCGAGUUGAACUUAUCAGCAGGGAGCAUUUCGUGCACUUCUCUGAACAUGGGGCAGUUAACUUAGGUAAAAUAAUUAACAUUUCCACAAUCUUUGUGACAGGCCCAAUCAUCCCAGGUGUCAAUGGCAUUUUAUGUCCCUGCGCCCAGUUACUUACGAGUUUCAUAAUGUUGUGUGAGCACUUAAAUCCUCCACCUACUACCUAAAGGGAUCAGGCAAUAAUCAUUUUACUAAUAACAACUACAGGAUUUAUAGAUCCUACUACUACUCGGUCAGGCUUUUUUCGGUGUCCAUGCUUUAGCCAUGUGUAAGCUACCGAGUAGCUGUACAUACGAACCGAGGCUUAUAAUCUACCUUAUCACUACCUAUAGAAGGAGAUAUGCUUUUGGGAAGUAUUUGUAACGCGUUUUUCGUUGUCUGUCGCUGCUUUUUUGCCCAACAACUAAAACUGCCUAGUUGGACGCACAUUUUUGUGUCACUUUUAUUGUGCUUAUAAGGUAGCUUAGAACUAAAUUGCACUGAAUGUAAAGUUAUCUAUUGUCUUGAUCUUAUCUGUUAAUGCAAGAGCUUGAGAUAUUAAAAAAAGUAAAAAAAAAAAGAAAAAAAAAA